AUGGCGUCUCCUCCACGCGCCUACUCGCCUGCGGGUUCUCCACCGUAUUCUAGCGCACCGUUACCAUCAAAGAAGCGCGGUUCUACGAGUGCUGAUCUUUCGGUCCAACCACCCUCGAUGAAGCGACGUAAAGCAUCUAUUAUGUCAACAGCCUCUACCGGCUCAGCCCAUCCUCUCCGACAAACAUCUUUUCCCCCGGACGAGUCGCAAGCCCGACCAUACUCUCCCUCAUUCCAGCGAUCGCCCAGUAUGGAUAAUAUGAGCCUCGUCAGCGGAAGCCAGGUGAGCGGCGCGCCUAUCAAGAAGAAGCGAGGCAGGAAGUCGAAAGCAGAGCGCGCAAGCGAGGCUGCUGCCGAAGCUAUGCGAUAUGGAUCGCCAAGCGUCGCAGGAGGUCGUGCACCAACCGUGUUGAGCAAUGCUAGUGGCAACAAUGCCGGGAAGGAUGCCGAUGCAGACAAGGAAAAGGAAGAGGAGUUCGAGAUGCCGGAGAACAUGGCUAGCAUGUCAACUGCUCGUACGCAGGAACAGGUCCAGGAACAGGAGGAACUGAACUCGUUUGUGAAGUCUCAGAUGGAUCCCGUACAAUUUGCCCGGUAUGAAGUCUGGCAUCGUCAAACUCUCAAACCUCAAGACGUCAAGAGGCACAUCAACAGCGUUACUUCGCAAUCAUGUCCCGUUAAUGUCCAUCAAAUGAUGCAAUCGGUAUUGAAGCAAUAUAUCGGGGACAUUGUCGAGGCAGCGCGAGAGAUUCAAGAGGAAUGGGUAGCUCUGGGCGAGAAGCAGACUGACCUGCCCAACGAUGAGCUACAACCUACAAGUGAACUAUCCCAAUCUCGCAGAGAAGCCCCAUUGCGACCCGACCACCUCCGAGAAGCAUACCGACGCUACAGAGCCUCUGCAGAGCACGGCGGAUCGAUGGGAAGUCUGAUGUUCUGGAACCAGCAAACACAAAAUGGGACCGAACGGUUUGCUGUGAAAGCCGGAGGACGCCGUAUUUUCAAAUGA